CGCCGCGGCCGGCAGCAUCCGCCGGGCGGGAGCGGAGCGGGGGUGGCGGCGGCGGCGGUGGCGGUGGGCAGGGCGGGGCGGCCCAUGGCGGGGGGGUGAGGAGGGGCCGUCAGCAGGUGCGGGUCGGACGGACGGGGACUCCGUCCGCGCUGGCGGCGGCGGCGGCGGGAGGAUGCGCGAGUACAAGGUGGUGGUGCUGGGCUCGGGCGGGGUGGGGAAGUCGGCGCUCACGGUGCAGUUUGUGACCGGCACCUUCAUCGAGAAGUACGACCCCACCAUCGAGGACUUCUACCGCAAGGAGAUCGAGGUGGACGCCUCCCCCUCCGUCCUGGAGAUCCUGGACACAGCCGGCACCGAGCAGUUCGCCUCCAUGCGGGACCUCUACAUCAAGAACGGGCAGGGCUUCAUCCUCGUUUACAGCCUGGUCAACCAGCAGAGCUUCCAGGAUAUCCGACCCAUGCGCGACCAGAUCAUCCGCGUCAAGAGGUAUGAGAAGGUGCCAGUAAUUCUGGUUGGUAAUAAAGUGGACCUGGAAAGUGAGAGAGAAGUAUCACUGAGUGAAGGCAGAGCCUUAGCUGAAGAAUGGGGCUGCCCCUUUAUGGAGACCUCUGCUAAAAGUAAAACAAUGGUGGAUGAGCUCUUUGCAGAAAUCGUUAGACAAAUGAACUAUGCAGCACAGCCAGACAAAGAUGAUCCAUGCUGUUCUGCAUGUAAUAUACAAUAGCAUUAAAAAUGACCUAACCUGGACUUAAUUUGCAGAAAUUUUGUAAGGUGGUAAAACUGCCUACUUCACUUCCUGGUUUGUGGGUCACUUGAAAUACAUCUGUAGUGAAGUAGCAACAUUAACUCAGAGCUGAGCAUUGGAAGUCAAUCACUGACUCUGAAUAUAAUUGGGUUAAAUGACCACAUCUCACCCGUUUUUCCCUUUGAGCACCUGCAAUUUUAUGGCACAGCCAGUUGAUCUACAGGGUCAUUCCGGUCAAAAGUACAUGUGUUGCCAUGUCAGACAGCAGCUAUUUUUGAAGAAGCUGGAAAACUUCUGGAACAGAAACAGUGAAGAGAAUAUCUCUGAAGACCAUUCCCAACUAGUAUAAGCGUGGAAGGAGAGACAAGUCUUUCAGCGUCUCAUCACCAUGCUUCAGGACAUGUGCUGUCACUUGUGGCCAAGUUUGUUCAGUCAAAUAUGUUGAUUUCACCAGAACUUCUGACAGUGUUAAGAGGCUACCAGAGACCUAUAUAGUUUGGAUUGUUUUCAAAAUCAAUGCUAUUAUUUCUACACUUUAUCCCACAUCUUGAAAUAGAAAACAUUGAAUCAGUGUGUGAAAUGAGAGGCAAGAUCCGAAAACAAAUGACGGGUGAAGAAACAGUCUGGCAUUGGAAUGUUUUAAAUCUUUCAUUUUGCUGCUCAAAAAUGGAGGAUCGCUUCAGGUUUUGGUCUGCAAAAAGCCAAACAAACCCUCUGUUUACAAAGCAGGAAGCAUCUUUAUUUAUCACUUUACUGAACCAGGAGGAAGCAACUGUGAUGAAAAAAAAUUGCUGAGCCUUACUAACAAGGAACACUUUAAUAGAAUAACUAGUACCAUCUUGUAAGGAAAAUUAAGCCAUGUUGCAUCCAUAUGUUCCCUUCUGCAGAAACCUCGUGGGACAGUAUCAACAUCCUGCAUUUUUAAGUUUGUUAAAGAUAACAGUUUUUCUUGCCUUCAAGGGCUACAUUCUCUGGUGUGAUCCCCAACUAAGCUUUGAAAAUCAAGUUUGCUAUUUGAUAGCUUUAAGGAUGAAAACUUAAAUUGAAUAACCAUGUGAAAUCUUUUGGUUCAGAGGUGACAUAGUUACAGUUGUAAUUCCUUAGGUGAGUGUGGAAAUGGCUCUUUAAUUGCCUGACACACUAUUCAAAGGUUGCCCCAAUUAUUGGUGUGUUAAGUGGUGGGAGCAAAUAUUUUAUUUUGAAAGGAUGCUCGAGCUCUGACUUGCUAGUUUCAUAGCAGUGAAGUAUUUAUCAUUUGCAUGACUAAUGGCACAGAAAUACCUAUUCCGAAGUCUUACAAUCAAAGUAUAGAAACGUUUUCAAUCACAAUGUUUAGAUUUUAAAUGCUGGAGAGAUUGUCUUGAGCUGGUUCUUUUAUGGGUAAAAUUGGCCAUAAAAAUACAGAGUCACUGAGCCUGUAGUCUAAGUAACACCAUGCGUUUAUUAGUUUUUCAAUCUUGUGCAGUAACAGUGUAGUUCCUUGUGUUUAAAUGAGUGAAAACAGGGGUGCUGGGGUGUGUGUGUGUGUGUUGAGUGUGUAUGUGUGUGUGUAUAUGGCCCUUAGAAAUGCUGUAAUUGGAGUUAGGUUCGAGAGUUUUGCCUCCAUCUGCAGAACUUCCUAAAACACUCUCAUCUGCUACAAAGGAAACUUGAGUACAAAGCGCUUUGCAGUUCUUCAUACAUAAAUAUCCUUAACAUUUUGAAUUAUAGUUCAUUGGAUGGUAACUAAAGGAAAUCAUAUUCACGGAAGAGAACUGGCCAUCUCUGCCCUUAAUCUUUCAAGACCUUUCCAUAACCAAUGUAUUGAAGGGCAUUAGAUGACGCAAAACAUUAAGCCUUACUAGAACAUAAAUGUAGCCCGUUUCCCAUCUACCUUGCAGAGCUUUUGUUACUGUACUUUGUUCUCUUUCAGGAGAUAGGCACACCGUUUAUUUCUGGCAUCUGAAUGCCCAUUUUGGGUGCUCUGAAUCGCCCUCCUAGAGGCACCUACCUCUUUCCAUUGACAAUAUAGCAAACUUAGGCUUUUAACUUUGGUCCUCCAAUUCACACAACUUAUAUGCCUAAACUAGAUGGUAUGAAUGUUCUCUUACCCCCCUGCCCACCCAUUGCGUGAGCCACCAUGCUUAAGCAAGAUGUGAGAUAUUCAAUUAAUGAUAUUUCAAUUUUCAUAGUAUCUAGAUUGGGAAAGGGUUUAUUGAGCAGAACAACCUGUCUGUAAAACAGCUUGUCAGUGUGAGAUCACUGCAUAAGUGCUCAAAAAAACCAAAACAAACCCCUACCAAACCUAAAUUUGAAACUGAGUUGGAAGUACAUGUUAUGCAAUGUUAUUUACAGAGAUGUUAAAAUCUUACCUCACAGAUUGUUCAUCCUCCAAGAAAAUGACAUGAAGUACAAUAUGAACAGGCUAACAUGAAGUUCAUAAUACAAAACAGAUGGGCUUUUAAUAUAGGGGAAAAUGCACAGUGAAUUUUUAACAGAAAACAUUAAUGAAAAUAUCUCCCAGCCUUGUUCCCUCAUUAUGCUCUUACAUUUCCAAAACCAUCAGCUGUAUGUAAGCUACCACACAACGUGGUGGGGUGGGGGAAGCCUAAGUGUUGUUUUUCACUGUAUAGUUCUGAGGAAGUAGUUAUGCACUAUUUGUAUUUCCACUAAUGUGAAGAUAGUGGAGCUUGAAUCAAUGACAGUUGCACUCAACAGAGAUUUUUCAAAUGACAGGGGUAGCAGGAAGGGAGGUGAGGGAACCAUGCGGCCGCUGCGUGGCCACCCUGCAGGAGACAUUGGUCUUGGGUCAUAGUGUCGUUUGUACCCUGAUAGGAUUACCAAUUCUAGUAUUUGAAAGUUUCUUAUAACAUGCCUUAAAAAUAUUAUGAUUUGUUCCAAAGACCCACUUUUCCUUUGGCUGUUCUUGUACUUUUCUACAACGACAGCAUUUCUGCAGUUUUGUUGGUUUGAUUUUUUUUUUUUUUUUUUAAAGUUACAACUUUUAUUCUUUUAAGCUAUGAUAGUGAGAGCAACUGUUUUCUCUUUCCCUUAAAAAUACACAAAAACUAGUCAAAGCAAACAAACCGGAAUUAGAUCAAGAGUAUAAAACAUAAUUGCAUUGGAUUUUGGUUUUUGUUUUUUUCCUAUUGUGUCUGUCCCCCCACCUCCCCUUCAGAGCAUCAAGAAACAUUUUGGUGACAUUUUCUGUUCUGGUUCUAGCCUUUCCCUAAUCCCAGUGCUACAGUUGCCAUUACUUUUCUGUGGGAAAACUACUGGUAUUUGCUUUCCUGUAUAGAAUGUUGCCUAAAGAUGUCAGCCAUUUGGUUGGGGGGUUUUGUGCAUGUUUGGUUUUUAUUUUCUUUUAUUAUUUUUUUUUUUUACCGGUGUGCUGUCAAAGCACUGGUUAGGCUUUAAUUAUGAAACUCCGCAACAAAAGCAAAUGUUUGACAACUGCAGGAGGCUUUUAUCUGCAUUGUUGUGCAUCUGUUAAUUCUUGAUCAGGGUUUGAAGGAAGAAUGCAGUGGGUUCUGGAAUCAGGCUUAACGCUGUUGAUUUGGAGUUUCCUAGGGGUGAAUUAAUGUAUUUCACAGUUAAUUGUUGAGCUCUAAUACAACUGGCAACUUAAAAUGGGGCAACAGUUUGUUUUGUAACAAUGUCAGUUGUUUAAACCUUGAUGUUUCAGAUAAAACAAGAAUUGUACAUAGAACUCAAUGCAAACUCAGCAGUUGUAUUUGGAGUUAAAUUAUUUUAACAAAUAAAUUUAUUUAAUGAAA